GCAUCAGAUGGGCCGAAGUCAGUCUCGCGCGGAGUUCCUCUACUGAUGCUUCUGGUUUCGCGUAAGUGUUGCCUUCGAAUCGAGCUAGUGUCGGUGCUGUUAGGUCUCGUUUCGGACUAAUGCACGCGUUCUUUCGGUUGAUCGUUCAUUCGUACCGGAGAAAAUAGCUGAAUCUACGUAUUGACUUAGCCCCAUGCAAGCAUACAGUGAUUGUGGUAUCCACUCCAUCAAUCAGAUCUAUCCCGUCAUUCGGUGAAGGGGUUCUCCGAGAUCCUCGAUACCUGAUAAAACAAACUGACGUGAUAAUUCAACAUAAAAAAUCAACUGAAAUUUCUAAAAUCUAAAUAGUGCCUAAAUUGCGGAAGCAUUAAUUGUCUGUCAUUUACUCAACAAUGCUGAACGAAGAGCUGGACGACACCGAGUUCUUCCAGCAGGAUUUCACCACCGCGUCCGAGUGGGAGAUAUUCAACGCUCGGUUGGAGGAAAUCUUUCACGAGUGGAAGUUAUCCUACGCGACAUCCGGCUGUCGAACGCGACUCGAAAAGAAUCAACUUUCACUCUGCGAGUGGACUCAAUCCAGCGAGAGAAUCAAGUUUGCCGACGUUGAACUGGACGUGGUUUGGGUCAAGGCUGAUGUCCCUGAAGGGGAAAUCGCUGUAAAGGAAGGUGAUUCCGUUGAUUGCCAAGCGUUUGUCGACUUGAUGGCCAACGAGAACGAUUACUGCAUCGUUGAUCAGAAGAUUGACGAUGGAGAGUUGCACCCGCUGGCCCAGUGGUACGGAUUGAGAGAGUUCGUCGUGGUGGUUCCAGUGAAAAAGUCCAUAACCAACGAGAGCCAGAUUCGUAUACUGAUGAGUUCGAUCCAUAUCGCUGUGACGGAGAGUGGCUGCGACGUCCCGGUAUUCGUACAAGUUCUGGACAAGGUUCAGCAAGUGUUUCUGGGGGUUUGUGAGUCCGGAUCGACGCGAUUGUCGUUCGAUAUUGUGCACUUGAACGUUACACCUUCGACGUGCAAGUAUCUUUCGGGAUUACUCGACGUGUUCAAGGGAAAAAUCGGUGUGUCGUAUGUGGAUCCGGUUGCGGUUUCGGUGCGGUUUACGUACUCACUAUCCAAGUUUUUGAGUACUUCGUACGUGAUGGCGAAAAAGAUUCCUUUCUGCAACUCUGAAGAUGAUGUGAAGGAGUUGACCAUAUCGCUUCCGUUUGGAGUGGCCGUCGAUCCGGUAUCGGAGUUGGUCCUGUAUUGCACGUGGCUACACGUCGCCGACAAUGUGGUGGUCGAUUCUCAAUCCUACUCGGAUUUCGAUCCAUUCACGGCUCCAAUCUGGAAUCUGAGAGCUCGCUUUGAGGACUCUCCGGUAUGCUACAUGUCGGAUUGUAUCCAAGAAUUCCUUCAAGUUUCCGAGUCACGACAGGCCAUCACUGAGUAUUUUCCGGAGCUUGCAUUCGGAGCUACUCAGAAUUUGGAAAGUUCCAAAGCAUUGGAACGAUUGACCGAGUCCAAGAUCCCAACGCUGACUUCUGUUAUACCGGGAAUCGCAUCCGGUGAACCGAAGAUCGGAAACUUCAAGCUGGAAGGCCCGAUAAACGAGGAACUGCUGAAAGAAAUGCUGUACUAUCUGUUUCCGGAUGCACACAGCGAUGCGAUUCAUCAGUAUCAGAUACCGCCGGAUGGGCAAACGGAAUUCAACCCACUGAGGAUUAAAUCUGCUGAUCCGGAUUCGCUGGUGCAUCGUUUGGCCACACUGUUGGCCGCUUGCAAUUCGUACUAUGGCGGAAAACGUGCGAUGGCUCAGUUGUGGGUCGAGUUUUCGCAGGAGAUGCGCUACCGAGUGGAACGCUGCAUUCAUAUUCCAGGAGUGGCUGCCGGAUUCCCGGAUUCGAGAACAUGCCUGCUCCAUCAGAAGCUGCAGAUGCUGAACGUUUGCAUGGAGCGGAGGAGAAUUCGUGAGGGAGGAUUGCCCUUCUCGAUGACGGGUGCAGAAGGCGAAAUGGAGGGCCGCGAGGGAAGCCACGAGUCGGAGGAUGAGUUCUUCGAUUGCUCUGAUGAGGAUGAGGAAGAAUCCAAGAGACGUCACGCCCCGUGGAACCAACCAGUUGGACGGCUCUCGAAGCUGGGAAAAAUGCUACUGGUCGACUCGGAUGAGCCUCUCUACAUUCCGAUCACUCAAGAGCCGGUACCGAAAACCGAAGACCAGCUGGAGGAUGACGCCGAAGUGAUGCUGAAAUUGGGUCCUGGCAGCGAGCUGUGCACCCAGAUGAUGAGCGCUUCGCUGCUGUCCGAUAUGGAGAGCUUCAAGGCGGCCAAUCCGGCUGGGAAACUGGAGGACUUCAUCCGAUGGUACAGUCCGAGGGAUUGGAUCGAGGAGGACACUGAUGAGAGGGAUCCAUUCGGAAGGAAGGGACAUUUGAGCUCUCGGAUGAUGAUUCCGGGGAACACUUGGCAGACGGUUUGGGACGAUGCCAGACCGGUUCCUGCUAGACGCCAAAGACGCUUGUUCGAUGAUGCCAAGGAAGCGGAAAAGGUGCUGCACUAUUUCGAUUCGAGAACCUUAGGGCAAAUCGCUCAGCUAACCAUGUCGUCGUUGUUCCACUCCGCUUUGAGAACGCUUCAGAGCGAAGCAGGAACGGACAGUGAGAUUAUUCCCAACUUUGCCGAAAAUUUCGAAAAAGUUACGAGCACAUGUUGCAAACUUUCGCGCGAAAACUGGAUCAGCAAUGCUCCGACCCCUCGGGGAACGUCUUUGAGGAAAUUCGAGAGCCUCCUCGGCGACAUCACUCAACUAGAGAACGUGAUUAUCCAAGUGCGGAGCUUACGCAAAAAGCUUUUCCCCUCAUCCGAAGACGACAGCGGAGAAACUUCGGAUAGAGCAGUGGAGAAAUCGAUGCUAUCGCAAAUGUUGAAAGCAUUCGAAAGCGAAUUGGACGAUGGGGCGAAAAGCUCGAUAGCAAAGCGAGUGCUGAGCAUGUUCACCGAGGCAAAGAUGGCGGCAAACGAACAGGGGAACGAGCUACCUGUUGCGUUGGCAAGCUUUAUGCUCGCUGACGGACCUUAUCUUACACUGCCGGAUCCGGUCGAGAAACAAUUUACCCUAAGACUUGGCGGUAAAACCGUUAACAAGGGCAUGGGCUCGCCACAGUUUAUGAGAGCAAUACUGACUAAUAAUGAAUUCCGCCUAUGUGGAGCGUUCAGCCAGAACACAACAUUCUAUUGAGAUGAAUUACAAACUUGCUGAUAAGAGCGCACCACAUUUGAUCUUGCUAGAUGGAUGUUUGAUGGUAUUCAGGGUGGAAUAUAAAUAUAUGUGCUGAUACAGUA